UCUCUCACACUCUCUCUCUCGCUCCCAUCUGGUCAGAUUUGUGCCAUCCUAACAGGCUGCCUGACCCUGUGUGUGUGCUGGUGUGUGUGUGUGUGUGUAGUGUCACAGAACAGACUAGAGCUACUGCUGGUGUGUGUAAAGUGUGUUACAAGGAAUAUGAAGGGUCGAGAACGGCAUUAUUCAGCUUCAUCAUCUUCCUCUUCCUCCUGUGCUCUUCACAGUGGAGUUGGGCGAUCCGACAGCAAGAUCAGCGCUAAGACCCUAUAUGAGCAGAGGAAGAAAUACUCCAACUCCAACAUCAUCAUGCAGGACACGUCACAGUAUCACGUCGAGCACCUGUCCACCUUCAUGAUGGACAAGGCCGACUCCAUAGCAACCAUGGAUGACGCCAUCAAGAAGCUGAUUCUGCUCGACUCCAAAGAUAAGAUCUGGACUCAGGAGAUGCUGCUGCAGGUCACCGACCAGGCCAUCAAACUGCUGGACUGUGACACCAAGGAGGAGCUGGAGAACUUCCCCCUGUCCUCCGUGCACCACUCCCAGACGGUGUUGAACCAGACCCGCUAUCCCUCCGUGCUGAUGCUCGUGUGCCAGGACCCCGAGCAGCACAAGCCUGACAUACACUUCUUCCACUGCGACGAGGUGGAGGCUGAGCUUGUCCAUGCCGACAUUGACAGUGCACUGGGAGAUAACAAACAUGGCAAAAAGAUGAGACCACAGACGCUGAAGGUGAAUCAGGAAAGGAUGAAGCGGAGAGAGUCCAUCAUCCCUCCAAACACCCCAAAAGGACCCGCCCCUGGAAUCAAAGGUCGAGUGGCAGCCAUGGAUGUGAGAGAUAUAAAAAGACGUAACUCUGAACAGGACGCAGAAUCUCAUGAGAACCUGGCCCAACGCAUUGAGAAGGACGUGCAAAUCCUGAACUGUUCUCUGGAUGACAUUGAGAUCUUUGUGGCUCGUCUGAGGAAAGCGACUGAUGCCUUUGCUCAGCUCAACAUACGCAACAAGAGCAGGAAAACCAAGAAGAGAGGACCAGCUGAGGGUAUGCUGACCUUAAGGGCCAAGCUUCCAUCAGAGGUGGAGUUCAUCGACUGCCUGCAGAAACUAAAGCUGUCCUUUAACCUUCUGGCCAAACUGAAGAAGCACAUCCAGAAUCCCAGUGCCGCAGAGCUCAUCCACUUCCUGUUUGGCCCACUAGAGCUGAUCCUGCAGACGUGUGGCAGUGCUGAGCUGGCCCAGGCGGUGGUGUCCCCCCAUCUGUCUGGGGACGCAGUGGACUUCCUCCGGGGUCACCUGAUCCCCAAGGAGAUGGCCAUCUUUGAGCUAAUGGGAGAGGGCUGGACCAGGCCCAGGUGUGAUUGGCCGAAGGAGCAGUGUGCUCCCCUCUACAUCCCAAAGUUUCGGAAUGGCUGGGAGCCGCCCACGGAACUCUUCCGAACGUCGCCAUGGGAGACGGAGGGCCUCCUUCCCCCCAUGAGCCCCGGCAGGAAGUCAGAUGAGGUAUUUGGACAGCCAUCCUUCCACGCUGCAAAUGGGUCUGCGGCUCGUAAAUAUGUGAAGACCCGCUACCGUUUUCUGGCCCGCAACGCUAAUGAGCUUUCAGUCAUGGAGGAUGAGGUGCUAGAGGUGAUAGAGGAUGAUAAACAGUGGUGGAAGCUGAGGAACCGUAGAGGCAACACAGGCUACGUGUCCUACAGCAUCUUGGAUGUAGUGCAGCCAGGGGACAUACACACACACGCAGACUCUUCUUACAGCCAGCAGCCAUUUAAGGGAACAUCACCGUCUGGAUCCCUGGCACGAGGAGAGAAGGAUGGUCGUCACCAGCAAAUGGAUGAGGUGAACGAGGAGCUCCUGAAGCGCAUCACCAUCAGUAAAACCCAGCCCCCCCAGCGGAACUUCCACGUGGAGCGCACUCCGGGGGGGUCCUGCCCCCCCCUCACCUACGACUCCACCUCUGCCCAGGUCACUACAUGGCUCCGGGUCAAGAACUUCUCCAAGGGGACGGUGGAGUGUUUAGGUAUCCUGACGGGAGCUCAGCUCUUCAGUCUGAAUAAAGAAGAGCUGAAAGCUGUGUGUGGAGAGGAGGGCUCCCGCGUCUAUAGCCAGAUCACCGUACAGAAGUCCCUGCUGGAGAAGAGUGACAACACCUCUGAGCUCCAGGAGAUCAUGAAGAAGCAGCAGGAGAAGAUCAACUCCUCCGGCAAGCCUUAGCAUGUUAGCAUGUUAGCAUGCUCGCUAGGUCCACCGGCCGCUGGUGCGCCCAGCGUCCCCGUCAGCAGUCUCCUUUGCGUCGUUGCUCCCGCUGUCUGACAGAACCAUCACUGAUAUGAAGAUGCCCACCAUGUCGCUACGCUUUUGGAAUUGUAUAUAAAGCUACUACAUAUAUAGAGAGAUAGAUACACAUACAGUAGAUUCGUUAUUUCCCUGUUUUUGUUUUUUGUACUGCUGGCGUCUGCUUUUGUUCACUCUUUAAUGGAAAUUCCUCUUGUGUGUGUGUGUGUAUGCAUGUGCUUGUGUCUUUGUGAUGGAGAAUGAGUGUGUGAGUUCAUGUUUGUGCUGUAACAGUAUAAUAGCUCUUAAUGCUUACCGGUUAGGAUUCCUACACAUAUCUUAGAGAAGUACUAGUAAAGAGCAGUCUGUGUUUGUAAAAGUAUUUUCUUGUAAAAAUGUUUUUUUUUUUUUUUUUUAAUGUAUAUACAGUUCAGAUUCUGAUGUACAUCCCUGGGGCUGAUCUUCACCAUUGUCAUACCAAAAUAAAUCACUGAGAUGGAUGAGUG